AAGAAUGCACAUUACAUAGUAACUUCUCCAUUUCCACAGCCUUCGGAGAUUAUGAAGAAGCCAACAAAGAAUGGAGUCAUUGACCACAGAUUUCCACGACUUUGAAAAUUCCGAAGCACCAACCUCGUUCCUUGUUACCCUAUUUUGAUACUACCACUACCAAUUAUUAUUAUUGCUAUUUGCUAAACACAAACCAACCAAAACCGAAAAAGAUAAAACAAAACAUUCACUUUAUCUUCUUCUUCUUCGGUGGCUUUCUGUAAACAAAUUCUUCACUGCCAUAAUCAUCACUCAGAUCAGUGACAUACAUACCCAGCUCAGAAACCCGGAAUUUUUUUGAGAACACCAAGGGUAUGCUUUGAUUGAGAUUCUGCUAUUCCUUAAUGAAACUAAAUUGAAGUGAUCCACUAGAAAACUUCUUAUCAUAGUCUUUGACUUAUAAUACUGCUGAAGCUAUUGGAUUUCUCUUAACUUCACGUGCUUCUUGGAUCUCUGAGCAUGGCUGGGACUGAAGAGCAGUUUGAGAUCAAGUUUAGGUUGACGGAUGGUUCUGAUAUUGGCCCCAAAAGUUUUGCUGCAGCUACGAGUAUUGCAACUUUAAAAGAAAGUAUUCUUGCUCAGUGGCCGAAAGAUAAGGAGAAUGGCCCAAGGACAGUAAAGGAUAUGAAGUUAAUAAGUGCAGGAAAGAUUUUGGAUAACAACAGAACAGUUGGGGAAUGCCAGAGCCCAUUGUGUGAUGCUCCUGAUACUGUUACUACAAUGCAUGUGGUUGUGCAACCACCUACUACAGAGAAAGAGAAGAAAGCUGCAAGCGAAACAAAGCAGAACAAAUGUCUGUGUGUUAUUUUAUAGCAUCCAGAUUCAAUAGCAAAUGUCAUCUUUCUUAGGUGGUUAGGGACACUUCAUUUUGCAUGUAAUCUGUGGCUGUCAAAGAUUUCCUCACACAAGUUAUUUGGAAGCAUGCCUUAUUAUGAGUACAGGCAAAAGAGUCCAUUACUUGGUGAAGAUUGUGAAGCUACUAGUGUUCCCUGAUUUCUCUGUGGUGGUAAAUUUCUUUACACAAUUUUCAUUUGAGAUGUUUUGUUUUCCUUCUGGUCUCAGCAUCUAGGAGUUGCUUCAUCAGUCAUUUGGUAUCUAUGUUGGUUGAGAUGAAAUUUCUACUAGUUUGCCAUCUUGUACCUGAUAAUAUGUGUUUUGAAAUUCUUCUCAUGCCUGUGCCUGAUGUAAAAUGUUCACAGACUUAAAUGUGUUGAAUACUUGAUGUGCAUUAUUAAUGUGCUUAUAAUUUGGAAAAUAUUACGUUGA